AUGGGCCUCUUCGUUGAUUGGGCCGAGCUGUCGGACUGCUAUCUUGGAUCGUCGAGUCGGCUGCUUUCAGUCGCUCGUUCGCUAUCUUGUGGGCUUUUUGGGAGGGUCAGGUCCAUAUCCAACAGGAACUUCCCUGUCAGAUUGUUUACUCGGAGAGACAGAAGCACAAGUGAAGAAAGUGAGCCUAAUUCAGAAGGAACUUCAUGUUCAAGAUUGUUGGAGGAUAGAUCGAUGGUCCAAAGGGUAGAACAGUUGGUUGCUUACUGGAAUCCCACCUCCUAGAACGUUACUGCUCAUGUUCAAGUGUUGAAGCCAAAACAAUUUCCCUACCUCAAGAGGGAUACUACCAUGGAAAGAGUUGCCUGAGAGGCUAAGAGAUGUAAGGAAAGACAGGUUACCGAUAGAGGGCGAGAUAGCACCGCUUAG